UUUGGUAUUCUUUACCGUAUCCAACGCAACGCAAUUAAUCAAAACUUGUUCACUACUUCAAGCCUCUUGUUCACUACCGUAUCCAAGAAAAUGGCUCAAGAAAUGGCAAUGAACCAAAUUAUUGAAAAAUACGGACCAUAUGGUUCUCAAUGUGCAACAAACUGGUCCGUGAUGCUUGAUGAAUGUGACAGCAUAAGGGAGGUCAUAAUAAGGCACGCAAACAUUGUUGAUGGAAUCGGUUUCGUUAUCAUCGACGGAAGUGGGUGUAACACCACUAAAACUGUUGGUGGCCAAGGCGGCAAAACUUCCAAGAUUGUACUGAGGCCUAAUGAGUACAUAACACAAAUAAGCGGAACCCAUGGAGAGCACAAAGGCAGUGGUUACGAGCGUCGUAUCACCUCGUUGAGGAUUCACACGAAUUUAUGUGCCGGAGGAUAUGGACCUUAUGGACUAGCAAAGAACUGCCAGAAUGUUUGUAGCUUCUCAACUCCACUUGCACUAAGUGAUCCUAUUGUUGGCUUUUUUGGAAGGCAAGGAAAGUUCUUGGAUUCCAUUGGUAUUUACAUGAAAAAACAGUGUUUGGAGCAAUACUCACCAUACUGAAGUCCAUAAACUUUAGAGCUGGCCGCAAUCAACUAGCAAAAGUGGAGCUUGUAUCUGUGUUUAUGAUCGGUGUAACUUAAUAUUAUGUUAUAAUUCUCUAAUCUCUAUUAUAUGAGUGUAUUUCGUACCUACCAAUAAGCCACUAUGAGAUCUGAUCGAGUGGUUUAAGUAUGAUUUGUGUAAUCAUAAACUUAAGUAAUCGCGUUCUUAUUUAUAAUAUGUUUGUCCUUUUUAUAUAAGUAA